AUGGCAGCUACUUCGUUCAAGCUCAACACCGGCAAGGAGAUGCCCGCCCUCGGCCUAGGGACGUGGCAGUCCAAGCCCGGCGAGGUCAAGGCGGCCGUCUCGUACGCGCUCCAGAAUGGGUACAAGCUCGUCGACUGCGCGUACUGCUACGGCAACGAGGCUGAGGUGGGCGAGGGCCUGAAGGAGGCGUUUGCUGCGGGUGUCCGUCGUGAGGACGUCUUCAUCAUGACCAAGGUCUGGGCGACGUACAACACGCGCGUCGAGGAGUGCCUGGACAAGAGCCUCAAGGCGCUGGGCGUAGACUACGUGGACAUGUACCUGAUUGUAUGCUUCCUCGUCCGAGACCGGGAACAGCUCUCUUUGAUGCUCAUUCCCCUGUUAGGCAACGACGACAGGUUCCCGACCCUCCCCGACGGCUCGCGCGACAUCCUCCGCGACUGGAAUCACACGGAAGCCUGGCCGCAGAUGGAAGCCCUCCUCGGCACAGGCAAGGUCCGCGGCAUCGGCGUCAGCAACUACAGCAAGCGAUACCUCGAGGAGCUCCUCGCCGAAUGCACCGUCGUCCCCGCCGUCAACCAGAUCGAGAACCACCCGAGCCUGCCGCAGCAGGAGAUCGUCGACCUCUGCUGCGCGCGCGGCAUCCACGUCGUCGCGUACAGCCCGCUGGGCAGCACCGGCGGGCCGCUGUUCACCGCCGCGCCGGUGGUCGAGAUUGCGCAGCGGCGCGGCGUCAGCCCGGCGACGGUGCUGCUGAGCUACCACGUCGCUCGUGGUACUACGGUGCUGGCAAAGUCGGUCACGCCGGCACGCAUCAAGGCCAAUGCGGAGAUUGUCAAGCUGGACGAGGAGGACAUGGCGAAGCUGCGGGCGUACUCGGACGACCUCACGGCCAAGGGCGAGUUGAAGCGUUACGUGUAUCCUCCUUUCGGCAUCGAUUUCGGCUUCCCAGACAAGUCGUGA